AAAUGAGAUACAUUAUUUCUUAUAACAUCUGUGAAUUUAAUCGCCUAUCUUAAAAUUUUGAAAAUAUCAUCCCCAUCAGAUUUAUGAUUUGGUACUGGUAUUGGUAAAUAGAUCCACGACAGAAAAGGAAAGAACUAUAUGAUAUUGCACCACUGAAUUAUAGGCAGUGUAUUGCACACACAAUCUCACAAACGACAAACGAGUUUAUUACAUUGAUCAUUAUUACCUUUUUAUAAUGACGUGUGAGUGACGGUCAACACAAUAUUGCUUCGUAUACGAUUAAUCAACAUAAUUAAAUCGACACGUUAUUAAAAACUGAAUUUCUUGAGUAGGUGUUAAUUUGUGCAAAUUGUAUGGAUAAUGAUAUCAGAAUAACAUCUGCGUAGCAACUCACACAACAUAACAUGUCAAUAAGCGAAGAUUUUGUUGCAAACAUCUCGGUUUUCAACGAUACCUGCCUUACCACUAGAAGAGCUAACAAAACAGUUAUAAGUAAUCUGUAUGAGGGGAUACCAGAAACAUUAAUCCUAAACGUUGUAUCCUGGUUGGUUCUUGUACUACUGUUUGCUAUUUUAAGAAACCGUGCCUGGGACUAUGGUAGGCUAGCGUUAGUGCACACAGAGAAAUGGACACAACUUUUUUACAAGAACACCGAUGAUGCUGUUGCCGUAGAAGAAUCUAGCCAGGAUGUUUCUUUGAUACCCGAUACCGGUUGUUUGUGGUUUCCAUCAAUUUUCAAAAUAAGUAGAGAUCGUAUCUACACACGAUGUGGCCCAGAUGCUUCGCACUACCUGUCAUUUCAACUUCAACUACUGCUUUUAAUGACUGCUAUAACAGUGUUUUCUAUUUGUGUAAUUCUGCCAAUUAAUUUCCAAGGAACGUUACAAGGCGAUAAAACAACAUUUGGUCAUACAACAAUAAGUAAUCUGAUGUCAGAUUCGAAGUGGUUAUGGGUACACAUCGCAGGAUCUAUGUGUGUUGUACCAGUGGCUAUAUUAAUAAUGAGGAAGUGUUCUGGAAGAAUGGCUAGUUCAACUAUAUUAGCUUCAAGAACACUUUUGGUCACCAACAUUUCUAAAAAUCAUAGAAAUACUGAGGAUAUUAAAAAUUACUUUAUUGUACGUUACCCUGGAAUUGAGGUAUGUGAUGUCAAAAUAGCUCAUAGAAUAAAAACUCUGACAAAUUUGGAAAAACAACGUGAAAGAGCCCAUGAAGCUAGAAUGUAUUGUUUGAGUAACAUUCAAAAAAAUGAAAUUAAAGUGCAGCCAUAUGGAUGCAUUGCUUGCUGUCGUUGUAAGACCGUAAAUGCUCUUGAGUAUUAUACAAGAGAAGAAGAGCGUUUAAAUGACUUAGUUACUGCCGAAAGAGCAAGAGCGUUACAAAGUCCACUUGGUAUCGCUUUUGUUACUUUAAAUUCUGAAGAAAUGGCACAACAUGUGAUCAUGUCUUUCCAACCAGGUUCACACCGAAAUUGGGUAAUUUCAAAAGCACCUUCUCCCUCAGAUAUUAACUGGGAAAAUUUAGAAAUAUCUUACCGAAACUGGUAUUCCAAAGCAAUAAUCAUAAAUACACUACUAUUUGUAAUACUAUUUUUUUUAACAACUCCAGUAAUUAUUGUUAAUAUUUUCAAUAAUCUCAUAGCACCAGAUAAAUUUAUUAAGAAAGUAAGUCCUGUGGUGUCUGAAUUUUUACCAACUUUGCUCUUGUUGUCAAUGUCUGCCGUAAUGCCUGUUAUUGUAGCUUACACUGAUGAAUGGAUGUCCCACUGGACCAAAUCUAAACAAAACCAUGCUACAAUGUACAAAACUUUUAUCUUUUUACUCUUUAUGGUAUUAAUUUUACCGUCUCUAGGUUUAACCAGUGCUCAAGCUUUUUUUAAACCCGAUAAUAUUACUUUACGUUGGGAGUGCAUUUUCCUAGCAGAUAAGGGUGCUUUCUUUGUCAAUUAUGUUAUAACUUCAGCUUUAAUUGGUACUGCCUUGGAGCUUCUCCGAUUUCCUGAACUAGCAAUGUACGCUUGGCGUUUGCUGCAUAUAAAGUCAGAAGCUGAAAAAACAACGAUUCGUAAAGAAAUUUUAUCAGAAUUUCCGUUUGGCAUACAUUAUGCUUGGACUUUACUGAUUUUUACCGUCAGUACAGUUUAUAGCUUAACUUGUCCUCUGAUAACACCUUUUGGUUUACUGUAUUUGUGUUUAAAGCAUUUAGUUGAUAAAUAUAAUAUAUAUUAUGUGUACCGACCUAUAACUAUGUCUGGAGAAGGUCAGCAGAUUCACGGUGAUGCCGUGGUUAUGGUACGAAUAGCUAUUCUCUUACUACAACUUAUCACUGCUGUAUUUUUCUUCUUAAGAGCAAAACUGAAUCUGAUGACUUGCAUAGCCUUUCUAGGUUUUACUGUUACGAGUUGCUUUUUCUUUUUCUUGGGGCCAUUUCCUUCAUGUAAGCCAAUUGUUUUAAACACUUCUCACUUGCCAGAUACUAAUGAACAGUAUGUAGCUCCUGUUUUAAUUAGUUCAAGUACUCUUGAUCACAUUGAGUAUGAUAGAUCAUCACCUUCCAUGUAUGGUACUUCUAAUAUUAGUGAAAAUGUUAUUCGAAUUUCUCCUGAAAUUGGUUCAAGUAAUGCCUAAAUUCCUCUAUAGCUUUCCUUUGUGGCUGUGACUAAUUUUAACAUAUAGUAAUGAGAUUAUCACACUUCUGAUAAUUACAGAAUUUUACUUAACAUGUAUUUUGUACAAUAUUUUUUGAUUAACAAUGUUUAAUGAUAUUAUAGGUAUGUCGUUAAGCAAUACCCAAAAAAAUAACUGUACCGCUCUAUAUAUUUGGGCUCUGGAAAAGGUAGUAUUAUAUGUAGUAUUAUUUUCAAAAAAAAUUUUCAUGCUAAUAAAAUCUCUACCUAACAAUAAUUUGUAUAUCUUCGAAUUAUAUUCUUAGGGAAAGUUAUAAAAAUACAAAAAAAAAAAAUAGUGUGAAAUUCUUUGCAAAAAAAUAAUGUUAACAAUGUGAUACUGUU